AUGGCAGUGUACCAUAUAAGACCUUACACGGUGAUAUUACUGAUAUGUGUAUUGUAUGUUGAAGCGACCAUUAAGAUAGAUAACAAUGUUGAGGAACUAGACGCACUGCGCGUGCUCGAUCACGCUAUUGGUGUAAGUGGUCACUGCGUUACAUGGGGGCAAACACAUUACAGGACAUUUGACGGCAAAGUAUACACUUAUGAUGGGGGUUGUACGUACACAUUGGUAGGAGACUGUGUCUCCGGUACUUUCCAGAUAUUUAUUCAGAAUGAUGCAUCCUGUACUGCGAAUAACAUGAUGAGUUGCGAACGUGUCGUCAUCAUACAGACACUUACCAAUCGACUGACCCUUCGUCUAGAAGACGAUGUGCCAAGUGCUUUCAUUGGCAACACCAAGUUGAACAUACCAACAGAGGAAUAUGGAUACCUGAUAGAGACAGUUGCACAUUAUAUUAUUGUAGAGAGUGGCUUGGGAUUUAUCUUGACUUGGGACGGCGGGGAAGGAGUUGAAGUUAAACUUACAGAUGAGACUUUGUCGGAAUACGAGAACACGUGUGGUCUCUGUGGUGUGUGGAAUCAUAACCCUAACGAUGACCUCACUUUACCUGCCGGUCAACAGACAUUCAACGUGAAUGAGUUCGCAGAGGCGUGGAAAACCACUGACCCAGAGCUAUCACAAGCUCAAUGUGCAGACAGAGAAACUCUACUCCAACCAUGCCAGCUGCGUGGCACCGAUAUGACCCCCAAUGAAGAUGAUCCAGAAUACUUAGCUAGAGCUAAAAAUGCAUACACAACAUGUCAUAUGCUGGAACAAGAACCAUUCACCGAGUGUCAUUCGGUUGUUGCACAUAAACCAUAUAUUACAACCUGCAUGGAAGAUAUGUGCUCUUGUGGUGCUGUUGAUGCUGAAGACGUUGAAAAACGAGGUGCUCAUAUUAUUCCACGAAUAGGAGGAUCAUCAUGUUUGUGUACAGCACUUGCAGCAUAUGCACGCGAGUGUGCACGUCUUGGAGUGGUUAUAGACUGGAGAAACGACGAUUUAUGUCCUGCCCGAUGUUCUAGUGGUAUGAUAUUCUCCUACUGCGGGGCGGCUUGUCCCCAGACAUGUCAGUCUCGUGGCGAUGGCGAAUGUGAUGUAGAAGAAUGUUUAGAUGGCUGUCACUGUCCCGAUGGUAAAUAUCUACAUAAUGGUGAAUGUAUAACAGGGGAUAGCUGUCCUUGUUAUUUCAAUGGUAUAGAAUAUCCACCCGGGGCAAUGUUACAGCAGGACUGUAAUGAAUGUGAAUGUGUUGAUGGACGCUGGAGUCAUUGCACAGAUGAAAUAUGUGACGCUACCUGUUCUGCAACGGGCGAUCCGCAUUAUAGAACGUUCGAUGGAACUCGUUUCGACUUCAUGGGCGAUUGCACCUACACUUUAGUUAAGAAUUGCUUUGAUGAAAGCAGCGAUUAUCAUAUUAUGGGUAAAAACGUGGAAUGCGGAGCAGCGGAAGGGGUUACGUGUACCCGGGCGGUUAUCAUCGAAGUUCGCAAUACUCUUGUGUUCUUGAAGCGCGGCAAUGCUGUUAAUGUCGAUGGUGAUGACAUAGAAAAGUUCCCAUUCCGAUACGGGGAUGUGUACAUUGAGAGAGUAACAUCUAUGAUGAUAAAGGUGAAUUUGGCGAAUGGAAUUAAAGUAUUGUGGGAUGGCAAAAAUCGUGUAUACAUCACGGUAACUCCGGAACAUUUUGGAAAAACAUGCGGUCUGUGCGGCACAUACAACAACAACCAACAAGAUGACUUCCUUACCAUGCAAGGUGAUAUUGAAACCAGUUCUAUAGCUUUCGCUAAUAAGUAUAAAACUAACCCAGGAUGCAGAGAUGCACCGGUAGAUGAAGUACCACAUCCAUGUGAAAUAUUUUCACAGCAUGCAAGCACUGCUGAGGAAACGUGUAUGAAGUUGUUGAACGAUCCAAUGUUUACACAUUGCCAUACGUUUGUGAACCCUCAAUAUUACUACGAAAACUGCAAAUUUGAUGUAUGUAGCUGCCAACAGACCGAUUGUCAUUGCGUCAUUUUUGCUGACUAUGCCCAUGACUGCGCAGAAAAAGGAGUCCCACUGAUUGGUUGGCGACAGGAGAUAUUAACAUGUGGCGUCGAAUGCUCAUCGGGCAUGAUAUAUACAGAAUGCGGUUCAGCGUGUCAGGUGACGGCAGAUACAUUGAGAGAAGGAAUAGAAUGCAAUGAUCAGUCAUGUGUUCCUGGGUGUAGAUGUCCAGAGAUGUUUGUUGAGAAAGAUGGCGAGUGUGUGUACUUAGCAGAUUUGCCAUGUGAACGUAAUGGAGAAAUGUUCGAAGCAGGACGAGAAAUUCCACAUGGAUGUGGAUCAUGCACAUGCAUCAACGCUGCAUGGGAAUGUGUUGAUAUCGAAUGUCCUGCGGUAGAAUGUGGCAACCAUGAAGUAUACACUGACUGUAAGUCUGUGUGCCCCGCGACUUGUGAAAAUAUGCAAAUUAAUGAAGGUUGCAGCUCGGCACUAUGUGAAGCAGGUUGUGAAUGUGCUAAUGGAUUUGUACAUGACGGUGAGAAGUGCGUGCGACCAUCGAGGUGUCCCUGUCAUCAUGGAGGUGACACAUACCGUAAUGGUGCUGUCCUGGAGAGUGACUGUCAACGAUGUGUUUGUCAAAGUGGAACGUGGUCUUGUGAAGAAAUGGAAUGUAGCGGCGUGUGUUAUGUGUACGGUGAUCCUCACUAUAACACAUUUGACGGUGUGAGCUACGACUUUCAGGGAGAAUGUGACUACAUACUUUCACAGACAACUUCUGAUAAUUCUGAGAAAUAUCGUAUAUCAGCGAAGAAUAUCAAGUGUGGUACAAGUGGAGUGACCUGUACUAAGGAUAUCAUCAUCCGAAUUGGUACAAUACAUGAACGAACUACAGUCAAAUUAAUCAGAGGCAAAGACCCACAAGUGAUGUCACAGAAUGGCCCACCAGUCGAGAUAGUCGAAAUGACAAUAUUCACAUUUGUCUACACUAACAUUGGCCUUGUUGUGAAAUGGGAUCGAGGAACUAGGGUGUACAUUAUUAUAGAUGGCAGACAUCAUUCAAAAGUUGAGGGGCUGUGCGGUAAUUUCAAUGGUAAACAGAAAGAUGAUUUCACAGCUCCUGGUGGAGGGUUUCCCUUAGAAUCUCCCAUUGAAUUUGGUAACAGUUGGAAGCUUCAUGAGUGCUGCCCAGACGCACCUGAUAUUGAAGAUACAUGUGCAUUAUCUCCUGAACGCAAGACUUGGGCCAUGAAGGGUUGCAGUGUUAUCAAAUCAGAUCUAUUUAAGCCGUGUCAUUGUGUGGUACCAUUUCGACCAUUUCUCAGAAGAUGUAAAUACGACGCAUGUGGAUGUGAUAUGGGAGGUGACUGUGAAUGUAUGUGUACUGCUAUAGCAGCGUAUGCAAAUGAAUGUAGUCGCCAUGGUAUCCAUAUCAAAUGGAGAUCACAGGAACUUUGUCCAAUAAUGUGUGACGGGUGCUUGGUCUAUGACCCAUGUAUAUCACCCUGCAAGGACACAUGUGUUGGGAGGUACUACGAACAUCACUAUGGUCACUGUCAGGACAGCUGUGUUGAGGGUUGUCGUUGUCCCGAUGGUCAGGCCUGGAAUGGGGAAGAGUGCGUCAAUGAAUGCCCAACAGUACCACCAACUUUGCCACCAACAACUACCAUGGUGCCAGAAACAACCCGGGAAAUUACGACUCCUCACAUAACAACAGCGCCACCAACACCUAUCCCAGACACAACCACAGAGCCACCACCACCAGAUACAACAAAACCAAUAACUACUACAGUCACAGUACCAACUACGCCAACUGAACCACAAAAACCACCAUGUCUAUGCUAUGGUUUUGGCGAUCCCCACUACCAGAGUUUUGAUGGCAAAUGGUUCUCCCACCAAGGUGUCUGUACUUAUGUUCUUGCUAGGCCACAGGAUGCCCCAUAUGACUUUCAGGUUUUAAUUGAUAAUGUCGAAUGUACUUGGCAGCCAGAAACCUCUUGUACUAAAGAAAUCAUAGUUAUAUAUGGUGGCCACACUGUAGUGUUGAUGAGGAUGGGAAAGGUAAAAGUAGAUGGAGAGAUGGUGGAACUCCCGGUCAAUAUUGAUGACAGCAUAUUUGUCGAAUUAGCUGGCAUGCAGACCGUGCUUAGAAUUCCCGAUAUAGGUUUGGACGUACGUUUUGAAGGAGUUUACCAUACAUAUAGUGUACUUGUUCCGUCUGAACUCUAUUGGGAUAGGACAGAGGGCAUAUGUGGUGAGUAG